AUGUCUCUUCCAAAACCUUCCCCACCACUGCCUCUCUCCUCGUCUCUCUCAAAGCAGUCUUUCCGCCGCCUCUCCCGACCACACAGCAUCGACCAACAGCUCGCGCGAACCCAUAAUACCCCAGACGAAUAUCCAAGCCAGAAUCACACACCCGUACCGAACCCCGAAUCCCACUUUGCCGAGAAUGAAACACUCCCGCACGAUGAGCUCCCGUCCCCCCCUCAUGAUCAGAUCCUAUCCCAGCCGUUCUUCACCCUAAUCGAGGACGCCCACACGUCGGAAUACUACCAUCCAACAGUGCACUACAUCUUCUCCGAUGACGACAACGAUAUUGUUACGGAGGCUGCACUGCGCUCGCUGGAAUCAGAGCAGGACACCUUCCUGAACACGAGCGCGAAGGGGAAGUCAAAGGCACCAGGCGACAAUACGCAGCUAUCCCCAGCCGGGGAACACGUUGGGAAUUCCGAUGAGGGAGGCGCACGAAGGAAGGAAUCCCUCCUCCCAGAGCCCAUCCCGGGCGUCCGAGAGAACUUUAUAAUUCUGGACAUCGAUCAUACCCCAAUCCCACACCAAGGGACCGAACAAACAGCCGCCGGUUCCCCCGAUCCACAAGCGCAAGCGCAAGCCGCAACACAAGGCGACGCCAAACCACCACGCGAAGCCGAACAACCAUCAUCAUCACAGCCGCACCAAUUCAAGAUAACUUCCGCACACAGCCUCUCCCCCUCGUGGCAAGUCCUCAACACAAGCAUCGCGCCAGCACCUACAUUCGAAACAAACGCUUCUGCCGAGAAUCCUGUGAACGGCGGACUCAUGCUUCAGAUCCAGGGGACGUCCGGGUUGCCGAUUGGGAUGCUGGGGAAGGAUACGGAGAGGGGGAGUCAGCGGCUGGAGGAUAUGAUGGAUCAGUUUGCCAGACGGCUAGAUGAGCUGAGGCUUGUGAUUGAGAAUGGGGAACAGAAUUUACCACCCGGGCCUGAAGAGAUGUUUGAGGAGCCGUUGCAGCUUGAGGAACCAGGUGCGCAGGAUGCACAAGGGGGUCUGCUUAAAACUCCAGGGGAAGAUGAGGUGAGCUAUGCGAAGGAGGAGGGCAGCGCUCCCUGA